AUGGCGAAUCUAUUAAUGAUUCCAUUGCUUCCAGUCCAGGCUUCAGUCGCAAACCCAGGUCUUCUUCCGAGCCCACCAAUGGGAUUCAACAACUGGGCUCGAUUCGAAUGCGAACUUAAUGAGACGCUCUUCACAGAAACCGCGCAGUCUAUGGUAAGCCGCGGCUUACUGGAUGCAGGCUACAAUCGUCUCAAUCUUGACGAUUGCUGGAUGUCAACUGCCCGUUCCGACAAUGGUUCGCUGCAGUGGAAUACUACCAAGUUCCCACAUGGUAUCCCCUGGCUAGCGAAAUAUGCCCAGGAACGCGGGUUUCAUUUGGGAAUCUACGAAGAUGCUGGUAAUGAGACUUGUGGUGGCUACCCGGGCUCAUUCCAACAUGAGGAGCAGGACGCCGAGACGUUCGCCAGCUGGGGCAUUGACUACCUGAAGCUAGACGGAUGCAAUGUCUAUGCCGAGGAUGGAAAGCCUCUACGAGACGAAUACAAGUAUCUUUAUAGCAAGUGGCAUAAGAUCCUGAGCGGGAUGGCGCAGCCGCUUAUCUUCUCCGAGUCUGCGCCUGCAUACUUCUGUACCAGUGAAACUGAGUGGACUAGAGUCAUGGACUGGGUCCCUUUCAAUGGAGAGCUUGCGCGCCAUUCAGAUGACGUCCUUGUUUAUGUCGGUGAAGGUAGUGCGUGGGAUAGUAUCAUGGUGAACUACGAGUAUCAGAUACAGCUUGUGCGGUACCAGCAGCCGGGCUACUAUAACGACCCCGAUUUCCUAAUCCCCGAUCACCCGGGUCUGACGGAGAAUGAGAAGAAAUCCCAUUUUGCACUGUGGGCGUCGUUCGGUGCGCCGCUCAUUAUCAGUGCUUACAUCCCCACUCUUCCGGAGGAAGUAAUCACUUUCCUCAAGAACAAGGAUCUGAUUGCUGUUGAUCAAGAUCCACUGGCUGAACAGGCUGCUUUGGUUACCCGUGAUGCCAAUUUCGAUGUUCUUACCCGCUCAUUGGCAAACGGAGACAGACUUCUCACCGUGUUGAACCGUGGAAAUAGCACUGAGAAGAUCACGAUUCCGGUUGCGCAGCUUGGUUUUGAGUCCAGCUGCCAGUACAAUGCCCGGGAUCUGUGGACUGGUAUUGUUGAAAGUAUUCAAGGCUCUGUGGAGGUCACUCUUGAUUCCCAUGCUACUAGUGUCCAUCGCAUUACACCCCCGCGUGGAUGCACAAAGAUCACUCCAACGGGUAUGGUCUUCAACACGGCGUCUGGGAAGUGCUUGACUGCUUCUUUGGGCACCAUCACGUUCAAGACUUGUGAGGCAGCUGAUUCCCAGGUCUGGUCUGUCUCUGGAUCUGGUAGUCAUCUUACUUUGAGCCCAUUGUCGGAUAUCUCCAAGUGCCUUGCGGUCAAGGAUGGGUUCAUCUCACUUGUGGCAUGUGGAGCUGGCUCUGGGACUAGCUGGUCUCAUUUCAUUACGGGUCAUUUGAAGAGUAGUAGUGGGGGCUGCUUGGUUGACUCUUCAGGGGCUAGUCUGGGAACCUGUGAUCAGAGUGUGGCUGGGCAGAUUAUGGGAUUGCCGAGUGGUGUUAAGUUAGUUGCUGGUACUGAUUGA